UGUACAGUUAUUGUGAUUAAUGUCAACUCUGACCGGUGUUACAGGAUAAGAUAUGGACGUGGGAAGAUUCGUUGACAUUGGAAUAACCUUAAAUAAAAACACAAUUGGCAUGCAUUUAAAACAAUUUCACAAACUACUAAUUCAGGACAUUAUGGCAUGUUAUCAUUGAUAUGCUUCCAUUAUUACAUUAAAUUUGUAUUCAUUGAGAUUUGCCUUCACCGGUAGUAACGGUAUAAUUUUGUCCAGAACAGGGUGCCAUCGACGACGCGCCAUAGUGCCCUGACCUUACUGCAUAGGAAAAACUGAUGUUGGCGUCAGUUACCUCAGAGUGCUGUCAACUCUGUUAAGGGUUAUUUAAAAAUAAAUAGAUUUUUUUAAGUUAUUAUUUUUAAAACAGAGAUAAUAUAUAAAUAAUAGAGCCUGGCGUGAUAUUAGUUAAAAUGGCGAAUAUGGGUUUCAUACUAGGCCGCGUUUCUAUUUUGAUUUGUCUCUGUGGUCCAGUAACUGUCUGUGCGUGCAGCAGACGUUGGCUUGCCUACACACUGCAGGAUGACUUUGACAGACCAUCAGUGAACAUGGUGCCCCUGAAGUUUUCAGAUAGCAGAACGGUCAUUGUUGAAAAUGACUGCAUCAGCAGUAUGGCGCUCUACAUGGGAAGCAAGAUUUUUCUAACAGCACAUGGGUUUGAGGGGUCUCACUGUCCGGUAUAUUUUCCUGUCGUCUAUGAGGGCCUGCUUGCUAAUGUGACAUCUGCAAAGUUUGUGCUGCAGCACCUUGUGAUGGCUAUCAAUGGCCGGGUUUAUCUGUACAAUACAGAAGACUUCACCUGGAGAGCAGCUAAAGGUGUGGAGUCCUUGGUAACAGAGAUCUCUUCAUACCAGUGCUGUUUCAGUGAGGACCCUUCUUGUAUGGCUGUGAGCUCCACAGUUCUUGCAUACAACCAAGGAGAGCCUGUCUCCAGCACGAGAAUAUUCUUCUCAUCCAAUGGGGGCUACACCUUUACAAAGUUCAUGUUGCCUUCACAUUUAAAGGGAGAUGUUGGAGGAGUGUUUAACAUGCCAACGAUAUCAACUUUGUCAGUGCUGCUCAAAAAUUCUGAUGAUAUGGCAUACUUCAGCUACUGGACGUCGGAUUUGAAUUUGACUUCCAAAGUGUUCCCUCUGAAGGAGUCCUUGGCUGUGCUGUCAGUGAUCCAGCCGGCAGGGAUGAAGGGGAGCCUGGUGAUCUGGACAGAUCGCUCGCUGCUCUUCUCUCCAAACGACGGGCAAGUCACACGGCCCGUUGCUGUGAUUGGUAAUAACGAAUUCCCAGGACCUGCUGCCACCCUACACAGUAUUGCCACAACCGGCAGCAGUGAGAUUGCUGUUCUAACCAGUGAUAAGCGUCUCUUCUAUGGGAGGCUCAGCAUGGAACCUGUCAUCAUUGAGUUUAAAACCAUAAGUGACAUUUCUGCUGGGAUGGGAAUGAAGUUCAACACAUUUGGAGACCUGGUAGUGAUCCUCCCUGUUGAAGAUCCAGCUGCAGGCUGUGUGGAUUUCCUGCACUGCCUCGUGAUCAUUCAGCAGGCGCUCAUGAGCGUCACGCCUCCUCUGGCCACCUGUCCGGUGGAGCUGAUGUCCAGUGAAUUUGAUCAGCUUGUCUAUUACAUUGACGUGAGCCAGUUUUUGCAACUGUCUGCAGUUUACAUACCCAAGGCAUCUGCUGAGAUAUUUCCUGUGGUGACUGUGACAGACCCACGUUUACUGGCUUUCCAAGCCGUUUUAUAUGACGACGGAUUAACUUCAGAGGGAGACAAGAAAUACAUGCUGACCGCAUUCAUCAAUGUUGGAUGUCCGCCGAACAAACACAUCAAAGUUUUAAGGAAUGUGACAGCCUGCUCCAAGGGCCAGUUUAAUCAGGGAACACUGCAGGACAACUUCACCUACACCAUUUCCAAGAAGACCUAUGACCCCCAGUAUCUGUAUGGUCGAGGUGCAGCAGCAGAAGACCUCUGUGUGCAGUACAGCUUUGUUGAGCUACAGUGCCCCCUGCUGGUUUAUGUCGGUGAUCCUUGGCUACCGCUUUUAGAACUAUGGGAAGGCAAGACGUUUGUGGAAUUUGUCCCAGUGGACUUUGUGAUGUUCGAAGUCCACGGGAUGUACAAUUAUGAGUACCAGCAGUCGGCGGGCAGUGCCGGGUGCGUCUCCCAGCCUCAGACCUGGAGGUCAAUGCUGAAAACCCAGCCUCGACCCAACCCUCACACUGCCUGGAACAGAAAGAACUACGUGAGCUGUAAAGAUCCAUCCGGGCCUCCCCUGACAUCACCGGAGCUGGAAUACGAGGUUCUGAAAGCCGGUUCUGGGAACAUGGUCGUGUUUCCCAGCUACAACGGGUUCUAUGUCUUUAAAGCCAUGGUGGUGGAUCCCACAUACAGUUUCUGCGAGCUGUCCGUCACCUUCAGCGUGUACGUGUACGGUGCCUUCCCGGAAGCGAAGUUUGACUCGCCGCUGACCCUGGUCAUAUUCUUGGCCAUUUUCGCAGGGAUGAUGCUGGUCGGGUUCUACCUGCCGUGGUUAUUGCUGAAAAGACCCAGCCCAUAAUGUACAGAGACAAGCCUCUGCUCUCCUGUGCUGACCUGCGGGCAACUCCGGUUUUGUGCAGCCAUUCACAUUUCAUGUGGCCUUGAUGACAACGUACACAGCUGUAUGUGAUGGCAGUUUUGUUUUUUCGAUUAAACUUGACCUGUUCCUGUAAGAAAAUUCAAAAUUAAUAAAAUGUGUUAUUGUUUCUAUGCUCUCUGCUGCUCUAAAAUACAACAAUCUGAACUUAAAAAGUAAUAUUUAUCUAUCUAUCUAUCUAUAUCACACAAUUACACACACUGCCCACUUUAACCAACUUCUGUACCUUUUCCACCCAUAACAAUUGCUGAGUUGUGAAACUGGAGGAGGGUUUUGUAAUGCACUAUUUUUUUUAGUAA